AGAAAAGGAUCCGAAUAACUCAAGUGAUGAGGAAAGUGAAGCGGAAGAUGCGAUUUCGGUGGAUGAUACGAUUGAUGAAACUGGUAAAAGCGGUACCGAAAAAUUCAAGACAAUCUCGGAAGACGAAGAAGUUUCUGCGGCAUUGAAAAGGAUGAAGGUGGAGAAAGAGCGUCUGAAGAGAAAAAUGGAACAAAAGCUAGCGCUGGCCAGGGCUCAAAUAGAUCUAGAAAAUGAGAAGUUGGAAAUGGAGUGGGUCCUGGAGAAGCAAAUUUUGGAGAUGAAAAUUGCGUCGAAAUCGGUUUUCCAGAAAAAAAAGGAAAUGGAGAAGAAGAAGCUGCAGGAUCAGUUGAAACAGCUGUGUGAUAGCGAAGUGCGGGUAGAAUCGGAGAUCCAGAAGUUGCAAAAUCAGAAGAAAGAAGCGAAACGACUAGCAACUAAUAGCAAAGUAACGAGAGUAGCGAAGUUUGAAGAAUUACCGAUAGGCCCGUUGAGUUCCACUCCGAUAGCGGAUCCGGAAGAAGGUACGUCCACAGCUGGAACAAAGAAGAAGACCGAUCGGCUACAGUCGACCAUAUCCAUUGUGAAGAAGAAAGGCCAUGAAGCAAAGAAAGAAGAAACAGAAUCGAAAGAAGAAUGUGAAAGCGAAGAAGGAAGUUUCCUAGAUAAUUCACUUGUAGAGGAUCUGGGCGAAUCAUCCAGCUGUAAUACGAGCGAAGAAGAAGAGAUCGAUGAGAAGAAAC